AUGCGACCAGGAACACCUGGAGUCGAAUUAGCCGUGAUGGGCGACUCACUGGAGCAUGCAAACCCCCGGGGGCGCGAACAAGUGCCCAGUACUUCAGAAGCCGAGUUUUUCCUUCGUUGUGAGUCCCCCGAUGGGGAAUCGAGGACGCAACAGCGCGGACCAUCGCCAAGCUUCCGCGACGCCAGCAGAACCAGUUUACACAGCGAUGAUACGCGUUCAUUUCUCCCUCAAAGACAGGUCUCUGGGACCAGGAAAGUCGCCUCUGACACCGACGAACAUGGAAAGGGAACCGAGAAGGAUGCAUAUCGCAGCUUCUGGGAGGCAGCGCAGGCCAUGGACUGGUGGUGGUGGUGGGAGAUCGGUGCAACAACUCUGGGCAUUGCCUGUGUGGCUGCCAUAGCCGGUGUGCUUAUCUACAUCAACAACAGGACCAUUGACCAAUGGACCUUUGGCAUAGCGCCAAACUCUCUUAUCGCCAUUAUGACUACGAUCUCAAAGGCUGCAAUGAUGGUCCCCAUUGCGUCAUGCAUCAGCCAGUUGAAGUGGGAUUACUUCUCGAAAAGGCCGCGGCCGAUCAAGGACCUCGAGCUGUUUGAUACGGCCAGCAGAGGCCCUUGGGGUUCCAUUUGCUUCCUUUCACUGAUGCGGACCCAAGCUAUAACUGCCUCGGCACUGGCUAUUGUCACCGUCCUGGCACUAGGUGUCGAGCCCACAGCCCAACAGAUCUUGGAGCUAUCAUCCCGUCGUUGGGAUUCGCCAGGUAAUAAUAACGUCAGGCUUCCAAUAGCCAGCUCCUACACGUCCAAAAAGGCCGCAUUCGAAGGCAUUGACCCCACGAGUACGUUCGAACAACCAGCCACCAGCGACAUACUAUUUCAACAGGCUUCUAUUGCGCGUGGAGUUGCGGGAGAUAUCCCUAGUCUCGAGGUGAACUGCCCCUCGCCUGCUGUAGAGUGCAUGUGGGAACGAUUUAAUACACUGGGCGUCUGUACCACAGUUCAAAACGUGACAGAUAGUAUCAAGCCAGCAUGCUCGUCAGCGGACAAAGGUAGUUUCGACAAGGGUGAAGCGACUUGUGUCUUUGACUUCGCACUGAUUCGUAACUCGUCACUUGUUGGACCGACUAUCUUGGUGCCGCCCCCGUUCAACGAGACAGAGGUGGCACCAGCUCCAAUAACAAUGCGAUGGAGCUUUAAUGACGGUGGGAUACCUGGAGACUUCAACUACUUUGAAUCAGUAGGCUCGACUGGAAUCAACAAUGGCGGCAGUAAUUUGGACAUCGUCAGAUACAAAUUUGAUCCAGAUUGGAAAUACGCAACCGACGGGAUGCCCAAGACUGCCAACCCCCAGCCGAUGGAAGCGUGGAACAUCCAGUGGUACUGGUGUAGCCACUGGUAUAGCGACGUUGUUGCAACCCCCACCGGGAUUCAAAGCUUCAAAUUGGAGACAGAAAGCGUCUACCGCGAUCCUGAUGUGGAUCGUAAAGGUGUGUACGUGGCUAACAAGACAAAUGUCCAAUACCGGUUCAAUCCGGAGACUUGGACAACGUCUCACUUUCAAGCCUCAGAGGUAGCCUUGUUCAAGUAUAUAUCCCAUGCUUUCACAGACCAGAUUUAUGAAAACACUUUCCUGAUUGAUCAGCAUGACAACAAUCGUAUUCUUAGUCUUGGCAGGUUCAUGUACGGCGCAGAUAUACCCCGGCUCGCCCAGAACGUCGCAGACACGCUUUCUGUAUUGGUCAGGCAAAACAGUAGUGGAGACAACCUGGAUUCGACGUACCACUAUGGAAAUGCGUCCUAUACGGCGACAUACUACCAUGUUCGCUGGGGUUGGUUAGUGCUUCCAUUGGCCGAGGCGAUUCUUACAGCAAUCUUGCUGGCCGUGGCGAUCCUGCGAGCGAGGAGUCAACCACUGCUCAAGUCCUCACAGCUUGCCCUUGUGUCCUAUGGGAUUGAAGCACGAGGGCAAGAACAACUUGCGCUGACGAAGCCGGCGCGGAGUGCAACCGCGUUAGAAACUGAGGUCGGCAAGAAGAGAGUGAGGUUGACGAGGAACGAGACCGGCAAUAUCGGGUUUAUCGGCAGUUAG